AUGUUGGCCGAGUUCGAUAUCCAGUGCCUUGCGCCCUGCGCCAUCUUAAGUCAGGCUAUGGCUGACUUGAUAGCCCAAUUCCUUUCUAAAAACUUCGAGCCAGUGCACAAUGACUUGCCCCAUGACGAGUUCGGGUUGGUCUGUUGUGCGGAUCAAAGCAUGAUGUGGACCCUGUCAUUUGACGGAUCGUCAACCUCCACGGGAGGCGGCGCGGGAGUAGUGCUAACACCCGAGCAAGGGAAAGUCCAAAAUCUAUCAUUUAAACUCACUUUCGGAUGCUCCAACAAUACGGCAAAAUAUGAAGCCCUAGUAUUAGGCUUAUUGGCAGCACGGGAAGAUAAGAUCAAGCGGUUACGUGUCCAAGGUGACUCAAAUUUAGUGGUGAAGCAGUUGGAUGGAUCAUAUGCCAUCAAGGAGCCGGCGUUAGCGGCGUACAAAACAAUCAUUCAAAAACUUAGCAGUAAUGCUGACAAGCUCUGUAUAACUUAUGCACCUCGGACAGCCAAUCGACAUCCGGAUGCCCUGGCAACCUUGGGAUCUAAAGCUGAAAUUACAGGAGAAUCAGUAGAUAUUUGA